AUGACCACCGAGUCCAACCCACGCGAGGCGGUAGGUCCAAAAAUAAUACAGCACGCUGCCAUGCGGGCCAGGCUGACAUACUCAAAGGCGGUGAUCCUUCGUGAAUGGAGGGGAUUGCCAGCGGCGACCGACGGUCCCGCCCGCGAGGAGACGGGGCUGCCGCUUGUCGUCCGGGGCUGCUUCGACGUGCUGCUCUCGCACCGUGGGCUUGAUACCCAGACGGCAGGGCGCCUGAUUAUGGAGUGCAUCGAGACUGGAAUGCCUCGUGAGAACGCCACGGUCGAGAAGGCAUCUGUUCACAAAUCACUGGUAUGCUGCGGCCUGGACCCCAACGAACGCAUCUACGGGCUUCUGUUCAAUCACAUCCUCCCGCACCUGGAGGCGGCGGCGGGAUCUGGGGGCAUGCCGCGGGACAAGAAGGUCCAAUUCCUGUGCGCCGCCAAGAUAGGCCUGGAAGCGGGACCAGGUGGCACCCUGCGAUAUCAUGGCGAGCCCAUCCCGGAGACGUGGGUCGUGGCCGACUUCCUCGUGACAAUGUUCAUCCAUCAAAUGCUGGCACGCGACCGAUACCUCACCAGGGUCGCCGGUGGCAAUGUCCCUCCUGAGUGGCUGUACCGGGACGGCGGCCUGCCGGUGGCGCUCGACAGAGCCUCGCUCUGGGCCACCACGCUGAGGCUGGCGGACCAGGCUCUUCAGCAGAGCAUAGAGGACCAGUGUGAUGAGACGGAUUAG